GGCGGAGCCCGGAGCCGCGCGGCGGGAACGGCCCCUCCGUGAGGGCGGAGCGGAGCCGCCAUUGCGGGAGCCGCGACGGGGGCGGCGUGCGGAGCGUAUUGCUGGGCCAAGUGGAAAAAUCGUGAGGAGACAGAUGAGCCUCCCAGUUUCAAGUCAUACAAGAAGGCCCUGAUGUCAUCCUAGCGUUGCUCCUCUGCCUCAAGUCAGCAUGUCGGCGAGAUCCAAGGCCCCGCUUUCCUUGUCCGACUGCCUGUGCCAAAUUUGCAUGGAGAUCUUUGUGGAGCCUGUCACGCUGCCGUGCAGCCAUACCCUCUGCAAUUCCUGCUUCCAGAUGACAGUGGAAAAGGCCAGUCUUUGCUGCCCCUUUUGCAGACGUCGAGUCUCCUCCUGGGCACGGUACAAUACCCGCAGAAAUACUCUUGUCAACUGGGAGCUCUGGGAGAAGAUUCAGAAAAAUUACCCAGAGGAGUGCGAGCGGAGGAUUAACGGACAGGAUUUGGAUGAGGAAAUCUGUCCCCCCAAGCCACAGCACCAGCUGAGCAAGCCUGGGGAGCUGAGGCAGGAAUAUGAAGCAGAGAUUAGUAAGGUGGAGGCAGAAAGGCGAGCACACGAACAGGAGGAGAACAAGGCGAGUGAGGAGUACAUCCAGCGGCUGCUGGCAGAGGAGGAGGAGGAGCAAAGGUUGGCAGAAGAGAGAAGGAAGGAGAUGGAGAAGCAGCUGAAGCAAGAUGAGGAGCUGGCCUGGCAACUCAGUAACAGUCUGAACGAGGAUCCCGAGGGACACGUGCCUGGCAGCCCGUCACCAGCACACAGCCUCUCCCUUCAGACAUCCCCACUGAACCUGAGCAGGGCAAAGAACAAACCAAGCAACUCUGGAGACAUUCAGAAGUAUCUGUCUCCAAAGAAUUACGGUGUGUUGGGCUCAGCAUCCUACUCCAGUACCACAGGAAGAGGCAGGAGCAGCUCUGUCUCUGUGGAGACCAACAGCAAUGAAGGCAGCAGUUCUGCACUGCAGGAUGAGCAAGAGGAAAUGCCAACCCUGUCUCCACAGCUGACCAGUGUAAACAAAGAAUCUGCUGCUAAGGAUUCAUUUUUGGAAUCCUGCAUGAACUAUUUCAGUGCCUCAGCUUCAGCUGAAACUACCAGUGGCAAGCAGGAAGAAACAUCAGGACCAAAUGGUUUAGAAGAUGGAGUUCCAGAUGCACUUCAUGGAACCAUGGAAGGGGAAGGGUCUAGGACAGUUGUUCUUAGAUCCAAAGGAGAUGAUGAUGGAAUUGAGUCAGACAGUGGCAAUUUAACACCUGUCCAAAGGGUAAACCUUGAAAAUUCUGAUGGCACUUGUACUUCUGGUCAGUUAAGAAUGAAUUGUGUGAUGUCUGACAGCCGGACUGCGUUGGGUGAUCCGGGGAAGGAGGCUGGACACUUAGAUGAAGAGACACCAGAGAGGCCACAGAACUCUAAGGAGACUCCCAAGAGGAAGUUACUGGAGGCCCCAGCUGAUGGCAUGAUUGACUUGGGCGUGUUUGAUAAGAGGAGAAGAACCUUUUCAGAAAGUGUAGAAGAGCAAGGAGAGCAGCUGAAUGACUUUAACUUGCAGGCACAACGAGCCUUUGAGCAGGAGUUCUACGAAAGGCGCAGGCAGGAGGAGCAGGACAGGCUCCUGGCUCUGCAGCUGCAGAAGGAGCUGGACAAGGAGGAGAGGACACUGAACAGGCAGAAGGGCUCUCCGGACGAGUACCUGCUCCGCACCAAACCUCCUCGGUCUGUGAAGGACUCCUCUGCCAGGAAGGCAAGUUCCAAGGUGGCAAAAGACUCCAAGGGGUCAAAACCACAGGCUGAAACCAAUCACCACAAAACUAGGAAAGGUUCCUGCAAUGAAAACUGGCAGUCCCCUGCCAGGGUCCGGGUGAAAUCCCCCAGCAUGAAGGAAGGAAAGGUUUUGAAUUGUGUGGUUAAUACCAGUGACACAAAUGAUAUUUGUUCACUGCCUAAGAACAAGCAAAAGACAAUCCUGCAGAUGUUUAAAAGCCCUGUUGCAGAGUAGAUCAGAGCCAUGGACACGUGGUGGAGUGGGAAUGGGAACUGGGGUGAUGUUCUCCUGUGUUAGGUAAAGUUUCCCGAAGGUUUGGAGUGGAACCGCUUUGGGCAGCGGUGCUGUGAGUUCUGAGAAGUUUUAGUUACAUACACCCCCAGAAUGUAACAUUUUUUAAUUGUUCUUUUCUCGAAUAUGAUUUUCUAGCACUUGCAGCACUUCUUGCAGGAAUUGGAACAUUUCUUACUUUCUAACUUGCAUUUACACGGUUUGGAGUGUGAAUACUGGUAGUGUUGGAAAACAAAGAUGACUGAUGUCUGAUCUGAAAAUGAGAAUCUGAAGCCUUUAAUGGAAAAGAUGCACAUCCCAUGGAGGAAACAAGUGAAAAAUGAGUCUGUAUUCUCAGCUGGCUGUCAGCUGCAAGGUUGAAGCUUCCCUCAGCACCACCACUGUUCUGUAGAUUGAAGCAUGUUGCUGGAAUUUGGGCUGUUUCUGGAAUUGCAUUGUUGGCACACCCAUCUUCCCCAGUGUAACCAGCCAGACAUUCUUUCCCUCUCAUAUGCCAUCCCCUGCCUGGGACAAAGAGGAAAGAAACAAGUUAUUCUCCACUGCCAAAGCCAAGGAUCUUUCAUGGAUGCCAAGGCUGUGGGCUCCCUUUCACAUCUAUUCACAGAGAUCCCUCCUGCAGAUCCCAUUUUUUCUGUUGUAAAGAACAAAAUACUUUUGUUUUCUUAUUGUUAAUGUUCUGCAACUUUAUUCUUGUACAAGUGUUAUUAUAUUUGAUGCUGUUUAAUUUUCAUACUCACACUGGUUCAAGUGUGAUCAAAACAAUAGUCCAGAAGCCAGUUAUGAUGGAGAGAGUUAAAAGGGAAAGAAGUAACUGAAAUCUGGAAUUGCCAGUACUGACCUAACUGUAAUUUGAGAUUCACAUAACUGCCCUUCCUGGCUGUAACUGUUCCCCUCCAGUUUUAGAGGCACUACUAAAUACUGUUGGAUUUAAAACUAAAAUAACUCAAAAAUUGCAAUUCAGAAGUGGAGGUGCUGAGGCCUGUAGGAAGUUGAGGCUGGGAAGCAGGCAGUCAGAUCCUACUAUGCAGAGGAAGCUUUCUUGCUAAUUGUUUUGUCUGUUGUUUUAUGAAGCCAUAUUUUGGCUUUUCUUUGCUUCUUUGGAGCUGCUUUUGCACUGUCAGUGUUUGAAAUGGAGCCAAGUGCCAGCUGCAGUGCUGAAGGGAGUGUGCUAGUCAGCAAAGUCAGCAGAUCUUUGAGUUUUGUCCUUUGUUUGAACCCCAUUGAUGACUUGAACUCUUCUGGGACAUUCCUAACAGACUUGUUUCUUCAGCAGCAUCUUCUGAUGGUUUAAGUUAUUAAAAAACUCGAAUUUUAUGGAAAGCAUGACCAGCACACUAAGCCAAAAAUAUAAAUUGUUGGUUUUUUUUUUCCCCCCCACAGCCUACAUGUCUCUAUCAUUGGUGGGCUUCUCAUAAAUAAAUAAACUAACAUUCUGUUCAGAGAUGUUUUUUGAGGAAGUUACAACAGUGGCAAAUCCUUUGAUCUCCUCCUGCCUCAGUCAUUGUUCUGGAAGCCUUCCUUCAAUAUGGGUCUGUUUUUCUUUAGUCCUCAAUGCAGUUGGGAUUAUAUUCUGUUUUACUCAUGAUGUCAAAAAAAACUUAAUUAAAGGCUUUUUUUUUUUUAAAGCAGA